GCAUCAACUUCUACGAACAUCGAGAAGGUAUCAUGGAGAAGGUUCGGUGUUGGAAUAUUGAAGUCAAUGAGUUAAUCGUCGAAAUCAUUGUUCACCGACAUAUCCGAAAUCCUGGACAGCAACUAUCCUUUGACUUCAGGUCCGAUUUACGCUAUCUUACAUUUGUUAACUCGAAAUACUUUCUAUACGAAAGUUAUAGCCUUACAUCUUAGAAAUCCACAAAAUCAAACGGUUUGCAAUUCCGUGAAGAAACGAUGGAGAUAUGCCCAAAAUACGGCAGGCUGUCCAAUUGUGACGUAAAUGACAAAGUUGGCGAACUUCGAUGUUGUUUCCACUCCCGCUCAUCCUAUUCCAUUGGGAAUUUGCUUGGUAAGCCUUUAAAAACUGAUUCAGCAACAGCAAGCCUUGUUAGGCCUUCUGUAGCGCGAAUCUCUGUCGAGGUUGAUAUCAGCAAAGAGCUACCUCAUUGUGUCUGGAUCCACUUGGGCCAACUUACUUUCCACCAGCCAAUCACCUAUGAAGAUCUUCCAGAAUACUGUCCCUCCUGUAAAUGUUUUGGCCACAAAAACUGCAAAACCAAAUCAAAGUCCUCUAAAUGGGUUAAACCUGAAGUGAAAGACACAUUUGGGACUGGGAAUACAUCCCUUGCUGUAGCUCCUAAACCAGCUGUGACCCUAACAAACCAAGAGAGGAUUGAGAGUGUUUUGCAACCAAACCAAGCUGCCUCAAUUGAUGAAGAAGAAGAGAUCACUAUCAUUUAGCCAAAACAUCAUGGGCCAAUCAAUACAUUUGUUACUGAACCACGCCCUAUUAUAGAAUCACUUUCAAUAGAUCCUUCUCCUCGAAUUGUUUCUACGAAAGCCACUACUUCAGUUGAUAAUCAAACUGACAUUGGUUA